CCACGAGCCCGGGUCACGUCACGUCACGUCGCAUCACACCGUACAUGCAGUCUUUCUUUCCCCGUCAUGCUACUUGUUUCGUAUUCAUCCUACGCCUUGAACUGCGCUUGGACGAUGGUGUACGGUAUCUAAUUGUUACGCAGAUCCCCAGCCUCCCGAGGCUGCCACCAUGUCGCAGCAGGAUCAGAGGAAGAGAACACAGUCGAGAGGCUCAACUGCCUCGAUGCACAGCAUCACCACCCAACCCAACCAUGAACGUAGCUUGUCCGCCGUUCAUCAGGGCGGCUUCCAGGAUCAAUGGUCCGUCAACGGUCACACUGUCAUGCCACAUUCAAAGGACAUGUCCGCGAUGGGACACCAGAUGGGGCAACAGAUGAACCAACAGAUGACAGGCGAUGACAUGAUGCGCUCAGCAACGCCGAUACCAUUACAGCAACACUUCACUAUGAACACGGGAAUGCACCAUCAGCCUGUUGGCGCAGCUGCCCCUUAUGCUCAUCACCCAGCUGCUGCAAACGGCUUGUCGAUCGAUUCGUACGGGACCGGCACUAGCUUCACCGAUGCCGACAGCCAGAUGAUUAUGGAUCGUGACGAUCCCGACGAGAGCGAUAGGAUGGAGGUCGUCCGGCCGGCUGGCCAGAAGUCAACUUCUGGUCGAGCGAGCGCCAAUAAUGAACUCGAGAUGCGCGCUUUAUACCAGGCUAGCCGACACCGUAAGCUUGAAGACGUGGCUAAAGAGCUACAUGGAAAUGAGCGUGGUCCCAAUUCGGAACGGGCUCGUCAGGUAUUCGCUAUGCUUUGGCUUAAUCAGGUUUGUGCCAAGGGCAAGGGAUCCGUUCCUAGAGGGCGCGUCUACGCCAACUAUGCAUCUAGAUGUGCGACGGAAAGAAUAACUGUGUUAAAUCCUGCUAGUUUCGGGAAGUUGGUGCGAGUGCUCUUUCCCGGUUUGAAGACUCGUAGGCUGGGUGUCCGUGGCGAGUCGAAAUAUCAUUAUGUUAAUUUUACAUUGAUGGAGGACCAGCCUGAACUUAAGGAACCCGUGGUCCAGCCAGCACUUCCCAUCCAAGAAGCUUCACAACCCCGACAGUCUUUUAACACCGCUGAGUCUCAAACAACGGUCGUGAAUGCACUAAAGCCAGCGCUCCCAUCACCACAGAUCAAUAAUCCCCCGGAAAAACACCCGUCAUCGUUAGCAACAUCAGUAACUAUGUGCCAUAGUCUAUACAACCAAGCAGACGUCGCCAGUAUCGACCAGCUACGUUCAGCCGCAGCCAAGACAAUGCUGCAUCUCGCCUUCCCAAGGGACGGUGACGACCAAUUCGAUUCAUCUCAGCCUCUUAUUUUACCUAAAAUACAGCCUUUCCUACCAAGCGGUACUGACUCUGAUGCGGCUAAAUCCCUCGCGGCACUAUAUCGGUCUCAUUGUACUUCUCUAGUGGAAUGUAUCCGUUAUUGUAAAGAAAAGACAUUUUUUCAUCUAUACACAUCUUUCCAGGGCACACUCACCAUGCCGGUACAGAAGUUAUUCGCAAAUCCAAGUCUCGCACCUUGGAUAGAACAAUGCGAUUUCACCCUGUACCAGAGAAUGACACGGAUUAUCGCAGGAUUGACGCUUCAAGUUGUCCCAAAACCUGUUCUCGACACUCUAAGAAACAUCUCGGAGCGGCUGGUUAUUCAUAUCCGUGAUGCUUUUCAAGGCCAGCCAAGACAUGUAGUUCGUGCUAAGGAAGCUCCUGCUACUAUUUUUUCAGCGAUCCUUGAUCGUGCCCUACGAGUUAACCUCACAGCUCACGCAGCAGCCAACAUGCUAGCGAACCCAUCAAAUCGCAAUAGCAUGUACCUCGAUUGGAUCUCUAUGGUCCGAAUACGGAAAAUUGCCGAAUGUGUGCCGACCAGAGGCAUGGAUGAUCUCGUUCAAGUCUUAAUCAGUGAGAUGCGAGGUCUUUUAGACCCCACCAAUGUUCCCUGGGAUCUUGAAUGUCUCACGCUAUAUGGGGAUCUGGCUCAACAGCAAGGGCAAAACUCAGAAUCAGGUGCAUCUAACGGAGACAAUCCUCAGAAUAUGCUUGAUCGAUGGGUUCAAUUUCUCUCUUCGCUUCCUAACCGGUUUCCGUAUGCAACACCUGCCGAUAUCGUCUGGUGUGUUCAGAGAGUGGGAACAGAAGUCAUGCGUGAUCUUACCAUAGCCCAAGGUAAGAGCUUCGGGUCUUGGUGGGUUACGAAAUGCUGGAUCGACGAAAUGGUAGCGUUCCUCGCAGAGCAGGGCGGAUUCAUGCAGACUGUCUCCUCGACUCCCGCGAUCGACAACGCUAAGCGCUCAACCUCAGUCCCCGUAGAUACUGUCAAUGCGAAUCUAGAAGAACGUGGCCGUCAAAGUGAAAGCGUGGAGUUGAACGCAUCACCAAGCUUGGCCGCGCAAGCCCAGCCAGAUCGUGCUCCCUUCCCAUCUCGUGUUGACGGCCCUGACCCCGAUGAUAGUGGGAUCGGGAUAAGGACGCCCGAGGAAGACUUCCCCAUAGAGAAGUUUUCUUUUUAGCAAAAAUAUCUUCUUACACACUCUAUUCUACUACAGGGCAAGGAUUUGAACGCGAAGGCUGGCUCCCAGCCGAUUUGACUGUACAUGACCU